GGGCCUGUUGGACCUGGCCCUGGGCCUGCCAGGGCCUUGCCCUAGGACUCGGAGUCUAGAUCAUGGCCAGCCCCCGCUUAACUUCAGGCCACAGAUCUUAAAUUUCCACUGUUUAACAGCACGUACGAGGGGUGCAAAAAGUCGCUUGGAACGAGAGGAAAAACCUGCAUUGCGACUUGAUGCAAGACAUUGAAGACUUUUGCAACGUGUGGUUUGGUUGCAGCAGAUGGUUACUCACAACAAUGCAUUCUGGUCCUGAUUCACAAGAAAAUGUGAGUGUCUGCAUCAAGAAAAUAAUACCAAAAUAGGACCAAAAUAGUGUGUUCGCAGCAAUAUCUGCAUAGCUUAUUCCGUUUUGGAGAAAGUUUCAGCGUGAGCUCGUGCUGAGGACACGUCUGUUGUACCCCUCCAACAUCAGGAUACCAGGGUCCCUGAUCGUGGAUGUAAGUUAGAAAGUUCAGAGGUUCUACGCCCAAUUUGGAAAGUUAUCCAGGUGUAUAAGAUGGUGGUUGAGGAGGGAACCGCACCGCCGGCAAAAGCUAUGGAGACAGACAAGAAGUUGAUUAAGAAGCCGGUCAAUCAGCCCAGGUUUGAGAAGUACGUCGUGCCUAUGUCCUUACACGCAGAGAACCGGGCAAAACUUGUGAAGGCCUUGGGCGAGACAUUGAGUGCUGCAGGGAAGGAGAACGGCGUCGUUCUGUUGCAGGGCGGAGAACAGCAGACCAGAUAUGAUACCGAUCACGAGCCUCUGUUCCGCCAGGAGAGCUACUUUGCCUACCUCUUCGGAGUCACUGAGGCUGGCUUCUAUGGAGCUGUGGACGUUGCAACAGGCAAGAGCAUUUUGUUUGCCCCGCGGCUGCCUUCCGAGUACGCCAUCUGGAUGGGCAAGAUCCAGCCCCCACAGCAUUUCAAGGACAAAUACGAGGUCGACGAGGCUAAAUACGUUGACGAGCUGUCGGCAACGCUGAUGGAACUGGGCGGAGAGGGCGGCGCUCCAACCCUGCUGCUGUUGCACGGGAAGAACAGCGACAGUGGGAGUUGGGCCGCGCCUGCUGAAUUUGAGGGCAUUGGAAGCUUCCUGGUCGAUAAGACGACGCUGUUCCCCGUCUUGAGCGAGUGCCGCGUCCGUAAGAGCCAAGCGGAGCUGGACCUGUUGAGAUAUGUUAAUAGAGUCAGCACGGCAGCCCACAUCGAGGUGAUGCGGCGCGUGAAGCCGGGCAUGACGGAGUACCAGCUGGAGAGCCUGUUCCAGCACUUUUGCUACUUCGAGGGGGGGUGCCGCCACUGCUCCUACACGUGCAUCUGCGCAAGCGGGGACAACGCGGCCACGCUGCACUACGGCCACGCGGGCGCGCCCAAUGACAAGAUCCUUUCGGACGGCGACCUGAUCCUGCUGGACAUGGGUGCGGAGUACCACUGCUAUGCGUCCGACAUCACGUGCACCUACCCCGUCAACGGCAAGUUUACGGAGGGACAGGAGACCGUGUACAAUAGCGUGCUGGCCGCCAGCGAAGCGGUGAUGGAGGCCAUGAAGCCGGGCGUGGCGUGGCCCGACCUGCACCGCCUGGCAGAGCGCCGCAUCCUGGAAGGCCUCGUCGAGGGGGGUGUCCUCAUCGGGUCCGUGGACGAGAUGCUGGAAGCGGACUUGGGUGCGGUGUUUAUGCCACACGGGCUCGGGCACUUCAUGGGGCUCGACACGCAUGACGUGGGCGGCUACCCAGAGGGCGUGAAGCGGUCCGAAAAGCCUGGGCUGCGCAGCCUCCGGACAGCACGAACGCUCGAGGAAGGGAUGGUCAUCACGGUGGAGCCCGGUUGUUACUUCGUGGAGGCGACCUUGGGCCCCGCGCUGCAAGACCCAGAUCGGAGCCGCUUCUUUGUGCUGGAGGAAAUCGAGAAACUGAGGGGCUCCGGGGGGGUCAGAAUAGAGGACGAUGUGAUCGUGACUGCGGACGGGUGCGAGAACAUGACGGACGUGCCAAGGAAGACGUACGAGAUCGAACGGGUCAUGGCGGGAGAGUCAUGGCCCUUGCCAGUGUCGCGGGGGUGAUUUCAAAACAUGCUUCGGGUCUCCGUGGAAUAUGGGUCGGAAACAUCCAAUUAGCAUGCAGCUUAUACGGGUAGCCAAGUGUCCGCACUCCCAUUAGGGACUCAAAAGUAGCCGUUGCUUUGUCUGUAAAUAACUCACCCGCUAGGCACUUUAUUCCACGCAAGAUUCAAUUUAGGGCGGGUUGGAAAGGUCCAGCUGGAUGCCCGGGUCUGUGAAGGCAGAGACUGGGACGAAGGCCCGAAGAAGGAGGCUCCAAUCAAACCGUCAGUAGUUGGUGCGCUUUACCGGCAACAAUCUAAAGCUAGGCAUGUACAUAUGUAUGAAGCCUUGAUCCAAUGAGCGCAUCGCUAGACAUCAGUCACUACCUACUAUACAAACAAGCAGG